AAUGUCGAAAAAAGAACAAAAGAAAGCAAAAGAACCCGAAUAUAAGUUGGAAACAGUUCCGAUGGAUCCACGUUUUCCCAACUCGAAUGUGACGCGACAUUGCUGGUUUUCCUAUGUGGAAUUCCAUCGUUGUCAGAAGAGUCGUGGUGAAGGGCAUGAAUCAUGCGCAUAUUUUCAAAAAGUUUUCAAAACAAUGUGUCCGAAUGCUUGGGUGGAAAAGUGGAAUGAACAACUGGAAGCCGGUGUCUUUCCAGGCCGAAUUUAAAAUUUUUCCUUUAUUAGUUUGCUGUGAAUUAUUGUUAAAUGACAUAAUCCAUACUCCAUGCUUUAAAACACGCAAACAGCAAUACAGCACCUAAACGCAUAUUCACAAUGAAAAUCCACUUUUUCAUCUUUUUAAUAUAAAUUACUUAAAUAAAAUUGUUUUUAGUGUAGAAAAGUACUAAAUUUUUUCGGUACAAUUCCUGCACAAGUUGAUAAAAAUAUGUGUCUUGCAUUUAUAAAUAACUACAAAGUGGCAACUUCAAAUAUAAUAUGUGCAAGAACUAUUUACAGUUUCGUUGGAAGUGUUUACAUUGACUUCAUAAAGAUCAAAAAUUUUUGUUUUUAACUAACUAUUUUAAAUUAUUAUUUUUUUAUCGUUUUUAUUAAACAUUAUCUUUUGUUACGUUAUAUUUUUAUAUAUAAUACACUUUCUCAAUUCAUAUGUGUAUUAUUCGCUAAGAAAUACAUAUUGAUUUGAUUUAUUUAAAAUUAAUUAUAGAUAUACAUAUGUACAUAGUAUAUGUACUGAUUGUAAACGAAAUUAAUGAUAUUCAUAACAUAA